AGCAGCCAUGCACGCCAAGUUCCCGUGGCACAGGAGGAAAGUGCGCUACAGUCAGGUGGCCAGCAAACUUAAUGAUGAAAAUGUUUCUGAUGUCUGUUCAAAUGACAAGGAUAAUCAAGAAGUGACAACUGAGAGAAGGAAGAGUUCUAUUUGUUGCACAGAUGGCGAGAACCUUAACACAGUCACAACAACCCAGUUCGUCAAAGACAAUACAAAUGAUUUUAAUGAACCAAUACUAACAGAAGAAAGCAAGAUCCUUUCUGUAGAUCAGAUUAAUCAGAUCUUUGCAAAUCUUCCACCGAGACUAACUGCAAGUUCGUGGACUCUAGUCUAUUGUACCAGACACCAUGGAUUCAGCCUCAGAAACCUCUAUAGGACUUCACACCUUCUUGAUUGCUCUAUGUUAGCAGUAAUGUGUGAUUCUUAUAAUCAGGUGUUUGGAGUAUUUUGUUCAGAUCCACUGAGAAUCAGCAGGGGUUUCUACGGAUCAGGGGAAACCUUCCUCUUCUGCUUUUCACCCAAUCUUAAGGUAUUUAAGUGGACAAGUAAUAAUUCAUACUUCAUCAAGGGGAAUCUAGAAUCGCUUGUGUUUGGUGGUGGAAGUGGUCAUUUUGGACUCUGGCUGGAUGAAGACCUUUGUCAUGGAGGAAGCAACACUUGUGAGACGUUUAACAAUGACAUUUUGUCUAAAACACAAGAUUUUAUCUUAAAGGAUCUUGAACUAUGGGCUUUUCCUUGACAGAGCAAUGCCUUAAAGCUGAGAUCAAUGGAUCAACAACAAUAUAUGCUCACUGGCCACUUUAAGAGAUACACCUUGCUACUGCUGGAUUGGACCUCCUUUUGCUUUUGUAAUUCUUUGUACCAUAGAUUCAACAAGGUGCUGGAAACAUUUCUCAGGGAUUUUAGUCUAUAUUGACAUGAUAGCAUCACGCAGGUGCUGCGGAUUUGUCAGAUGCACAUCCAUGAUGUGAAUCUCCCAUUCUACCACAUCCCAAUGGUGCUUUGUUGGAUCUCAUUGUCAUGUUCAAGAAACCAGUCUGAGAUGAUUUAAGCUUUGUGACAUGUCGCAUUACCCUGAUAGAAGCAGCCAUCAGAAGCAGUCACUGACACAUAAAGGGAUGGACAUGGUCAGCAACAAUACUCAGGUAGCCUGCAGCAUUUAAACGAUGCUCAAUUAGUACUAAGUGGCCCAAAGUGCGCAAAGAAAAUAUUCCCCACACCAACCUGAGCUGUUGAUGCAAGGCAGGAUGGAUCCAUGCUUUCAUGUCGUUGAUGUCUA